CCUUUAAAAUUUAAAUAGACUCACAGCUGUGCUUCUACCUUGAUAGGUAAUAUUUGCAAUGCUACUAGAAUGUGACAUGCUUUCCUUUUGAGCAAAAUGUAUAAAAUUCAAGACCAAUUGUGACUGGCAAUAGAGUCAAUGUUUUCUUUCUUUCGUGUUGAUUUUAGUUUGGGGUUUUUUUACCCACCCCCGCACUUGCAUUUUACUAGGAAAACAAGUUUGGAUUAAUUUUGAAAACUUAAAUCCUAUACAUGCUUGACUAAACCAGGGUGAUAAAACUGAUGGACUAAGGAACACUUCAUAUUAAAAAAACUUCUUCAGUUUUUGUUAGUUCUGAUAAUAAAAGCAAUAGAUAAAAACAAUGCAGGACAUGGAGGCUUAUCAGUGUCUUGGUGCUGUAGGUGUUUUAAUGGGUAAUUGUACUUGUAAAACAUCUGGUUUGUGUACCUUUAUUUCAAAUAACCUGGAGAGUUUUCUUUUUUUUUUUUGUUUUUUUAACAGCUGAAGUUUUAAAAUCUGCUCAUAAUAAAAUCCAGAAAAGUAAACACACAGUGCAACUUUUGCUUUGUUCCAUUUUGUGUGGGUUUUUUUUUUUUUUUCCCAAAACACUUGUAAUAAUGCUAACAUAUUAAUGUAUAGUAAUUUUUAGUCCUUUCGGCUAAUUUUACUUCCCUUUAUUUUUGUACUUUUUAUGUGAGACAUCUUCCUUCUCUUUCAGGAUUAAACUUCAGCCAGUUUUGUCAUGAUUGGAGUAAAUUGUAUUCUGAUUCUAAUAAUAUCAACAGUAAACUGUAACACAGUUCAAACUGAUAAUAGUUCCAGUCCUCUUCUCCACUUCCCUUUUUUCUAAGUGUUAAGAAGCUCCGGGUCUUAAUCUUGUGUACUAAUUAUGUAACAAUAAAUGUGGUGAAGAUUUAAACAAGAAGUGCCAUCAACGUUUGAGAUCCAACGUUAACAAUAUUUUCUACUGAAACUUCUUCCAUGGAUAGAACUGUCUUCAUUUUAGGCUACAGUAUUUGGUAGCUGUGGGAGAUUUACUUCCAUAUCAGCUAUUUUUUAUUGGUCUCAUCAUUUUGAUACAGCUGUUGGGUUAAUAAGGUUUUAGUAUCUGCAGUGCUUCAUAAUGAAAUGUCUUUCAUUUAUUAGCUAAUCUUCAAAUUGUGGUAAAUUACUUUAACCCUAUUUUACAGAUCUGUAAACCAGUGAGUAAUCUGUGUUUUAAGAGUGAAUCAGAACAGAUACUGAAUUAUGAAAACUUCCAGUGCAGAGCACUUGUGUGUGCAUGCUACUAGACACGUUGAAGCAUUCUGCUUGUAUAAAGCACAGUGGGUUUGGUGCUUUUAAUAUAGCUCUUGUGAAGUUGCCAUUGCAUGUUUUCAUGGAAACAUUAGCAAAAGUAGGUGUGAACGAACUCUGAAGGGCAUCCAUUUCAACCUUGUGCUCAGAGUAGGGCUAGUUUCAACAGUUAAACCAGGUUGCUUAAGGUUUUGUUGAGUCAAAUUCUGAACUCCUCCAAGAACAGAAGUUUUGCUGCCUUUGUGAGCAGCCUGUUUUAGUGCUUGAUUACUCAUUCUAAGAAAUUUCCCUAUAUGUCUGUUUGGAAUUUGUCAUGCUGCAGCUUGUGUCCAUUGUUUCUUGUAUUUUCUCUGUGCUCCUCUGAGGAGCUUAUCUUCAUCUUCUGAAUGUCUCAUGCUUUGCACUGUAAUGUACCCAUUUAUCUCUUCAUGUAGUUGCAUAUGCUUUCUGUAGCUUGCAAAGCAAUUUAAUUGUGCGAGUUGAAGAAAAUCUCAAAAACCAAACUGAAUGCUGCUGAAAACUAACUCUAAUAAUCCUAGCUAAUUAGUUACUUUUUGUAAUUGCCUCCUAUACAUCAGUGAAGUGGAUGAUAUUGCCACAUACUGUCUAUCCAUUUCUUUGUCCUUGAGCACUUGCAGUGGCGUGUCAAAAUCGUUAGAAGCAUUCUCUCGGUGCAAUUUUCAGAAAGCAAUUUCCUUAGCACUUCAGGUUUAUUCCUGUAUACGGUUCUGCUAGACCCACGUGCCAUUUUGGGGAUCAGUGUAGCAGUCUGACUGUGAGUGGAGAAGUGAAUGGGGGGGGACCAAAAAGGGUGGUUAUGCAGAAGUUUAUCUUUGGAGAGCUUUCAGAGGAGGAAAAAAAUCUGAAUAGAGGGUGUCAACCCUUUUUAGUUAAAGAAAUAUGGUACUUCUGGACAUACAGAUAAACACAUGUUGCUUUGUGGUAUCAUAUCAUGGAUGGACAAAGGCUUAAAGGACGUAAAUUCUUUUGGCUUUAUCAUGGUGCAUGUAAGAAAAUAACCAGGAGCUGACUUGAGAUAGAUACGCUUUUAGGUUUAUUACAUUCAAGCUAAAUUUCACAAUGUCUAUUUUGCUAACACUAAUAUUUGUUUCUUAUCCAGGAGUGUGUAAUUCAAACUACUGAAAACAAGUAAAACAUUACAAGAAAAAAAACUCUAGUCCAUCUGACAAGGCUUUUGAAAUCCGACCCCUCAAGGACACUGUGGGCUAUUGAGAUGUGUAACAUUGCUUUGGGAAUGUGGUCACUGUGUCUAGAACAGUAACCUGUGGUUAAAGUCUUAUUCUUGGUUGAUCUAAAAGUACCGAAUACUUGAAAGUUACCAAGUAACCUGUCCCAAAUAAUUAGCUACCCUUCUAAUUCUUAACUUUUUUCUUUUUGCAGUUUUUUUCUUUGCUAAAUACCUUGUAAAAGAACUUAUCCUUUUAUUUUGCUGCAUUAUCAAGUCCCUUAUCCUUGAAACAAAUUGCCCACAAAAAUAUUCAUGUACCAGACAUUUUCCUGAUACUGUUAGUUUUAGAUGGAACACUGCCUUUCAGUAUUCUGCUGUAAAGUACCUCAACACACAGUUUAUUAAGAAGAACAAAUUGACUGAAGCUGAUCUUCAGUAUGGUUAUGGAGGGGUGGAUAUGAAUGAGCCAUUGAUGGAAAUAGGAGAGCUAGCUCUUGAUAUGUGGAGAAAAUUAAUGAUUGAGCCACUACAGGCUAUCCUUAUCCGAAUGCUCCUCCGAGAAAUAAAAAACCCAAGCACUCCUCCUACAAGGCAAGCUGAAUCUCAACUUACGCAUUUUUGUUUCAACACAACAGGAAGCCGUCAAGAUCUUGAAUUUGAUCGCUGUGGAGAAGACCCAAACCAGAAAGUAAUCCAUGGGGUUAUUAACUCCUUUGUUCAUGUUGAACAGUAUAAGAAAAAAUUCCCCCUAAAGUUUUAUCAGGAAAUUUUUGAGUGUCCUUUUCUGAAUGAAACAGGGGAGUAUUAUAAACAAGAAGCUUCAAAUUUAUUGCAAGAGUCAAAUUGCUCACAAUACAUGGAGAAGGUUUUAGGUAGAUUAAAAGAUGAAGAAAUGCGGUGUCGGAAAUACUUGCAUCCCAGCUCAUAUGGCAAAGUAAUUCAUGAAUGCCAACAGAGAAUGGUAGCUGAUCACUUGCAGUUUCUACAUGCAGAAUGUCACAAUAUUAUCAGACAAGAGAAAAGAAGUGACAUGGCAAAUAUGUAUACUCUACUUCGUGCUGUGUCAAGUGGUUUACCUCAUAUGAUUCAGGAACUACAAAACCAUAUCCAUGAUGAGGGCCUUAGAGCAACCAGCAAUCUUUCUCAGGAAAAUAUGCCAACUCAGUUUGUGGAGUCAGUUUUGGAAGUACAUAGUAAAUUUGUUCAACUCAUCAACACUGUUUUGAAUGGUGAUCAGCACUUUAUGAGUGCCCUUGACAAGGCUUUGACAUCAGUAGUUAACUAUAGGGAGCCCAAGUCGAUCUGCAAAGCACCUGAGUUGCUGGCCAAGUACUGUGACAACUUGUUGAAGAAAUCAGCAAAGGGAAUGACAGAGAAUGAAGUAGAAGACAAACUUACAAGUUUCAUUACUGUUUUCAAAUACAUUGAUGACAAAGAUGUAUUCCAAAAGUUCUAUGCCAGAAUGUUGGCAAAAAGAUUAAUUCAUGGUUUGUCUAUGUCCAUGGAUUCUGAAGAAGCCAUGAUUAACAAACUAAAGCAAGCCUGCGGUUAUGAAUUUACCAGCAAGCUCCAUCGAAUGUAUACAGACAUGAGUGUUAGUGCUGAUCUCAACAAUAAAUUCAACAACUUUAUCAAAAACCAGGACACGAUUAUAGAUUUGGGAAUUAGUUUUCAGAUAUACGUUCUACAGGCUGGUGCAUGGCCUCUAACUCAGGCUCCUUCUUCUACGUUUGCAAUUCCUCAGGAACUGGAAAAAAGUGUACAGAUGUUUGAAUUAUUUUACAGUCAGCAUUUUAGUGGAAGGAAGCUUACUUGGUUACAUUAUCUUUGUACAGGUGAAGUAAAAAUGAAUUAUUUGUGCAAACCUUAUGUAGCCAUGGUCACAACAUACCAAAUGGCAGUGUUGCUUGCCUUCAACAACAGUGAAACUGUCAGUUACAAGGAGCUUCAGGACAGUACACAAAUGAAUGAGAAGGAACUGACAAAAACCAUCAAAUCCUUGCUUGAUGUCAAAAUGAUCAACCAUGACUCAGACAAGGAAGACAUAGAGGCAGAGUCUACUUUUUCAUUAAAUAUGAGCUUCAGCAGUAAACGAACAAAAUUUAAAAUCACUACAUCGAUGCAGAAAGACACGCCACAGGAGAUGGAGCAGACCAGAAGUGCUGUAGAUGAAGACAGAAAAAUGUAUCUUCAAGCUGCUAUAGUCCGUAUCAUGAAAGCACGUAAAGUGUUGCGGCAUAAUGCUCUUAUUCAGGAGGUAAUUAGCCAAUCAAGGGCUAGGUUUAACCCAAGUAUCAGCAUGAUUAAGAAGUGUAUUGAAGUUCUGAUAGACAAACAGUACAUAGAGCGAAGCCAGGCCUCUGCAGACGAAUACAGUUAUGUAGCAUGAUGUUGCUAUCCUGCAGGUAUGAUUGUAAGGAGAUCAUUGCUGUCACUGUUUGGUGUGUUCCUGUGGGAAGAGGCAGGCCUGUGCCUCUAUAUUGGUCACUUGGCAGCCCCUGUUUUUCUGCUGUUUACAACAUCACCAGUGCCAUGUCAUGAGCGUCAAUGAAAAUGCCUAUAGAUAUUUCAAGCUCAUGUCAUUAUGACAUUUCUUAAACUUUACUAAAAGAAUGAGUGAAGUAUUGCUGAAAUGUGGAAAAUUGGUUGGGUACCAUGCUUUUCCCCCCCCCCCCCCCCCCUCCCCCCCCUCCUCCCUUUCACGUUUGCAGUUGAUGUUUUUUAAUGUAUCUUAAGACAAAGUUAAAAAAAAAAAAAAAAAAGAAAAGAAAAAACCUAAAUAUUGUAAUAUGACAGAUAACCUAAUAAUUGUAUCUACAUUAAAAUGUAAAAAAAAUGACGAACAUGAUACUGCUGCUUGUCAAAUAAAAAAAUAAAGUUAUAUAAUGUGUCUGGAAUGAUUGUAGAAAUGGAUAUAGCAUUAAUGUCUGUAAAUAUUAUUCAGACUUGGACGAGUGAAAAUAAUGUUAUGUGUUUGGGUUUUGGAUAACCUCAGAAGUAGAUCUGAAGUAAGAACUAAUUUAUAUAAAACUGAAUACAAGGUUUGUUAUGUUUGAUGUGAUUAUAAAAAAAAAAAAAAUAUUUAUGGUGAAGUGCACAUCUUGUUUUCUUGAGAUUAGGGUAAUUUACAUUCUUAGCGCCUGAAGGCCUGCUCUGUGUCUGUUAAUCUCACACUGUAGGAAUAUGUUACAAGAGAAAAUAAACAGGCGUUCGGGGGGAUUUCAGUAGUGUGGUGCACAAAGAGUUAGGAAUGGUUAUCAUGAACAUCAAAGAUAUAGUUCAGUGGCUUGUGAAACCACCCUGAUAAUGGGAAAGAAUAUAGCAGACAGGCAAUUGAAAAAAGUUGUUUCACUAAUGCAUUGGGUAGAAACACUGUGUGGAUAGGUACCUAUGUUUGUUUCCUCAUAAGCCCAUACUGUGUUUUUCUUUUCUGUUUUUUUCACUCCUGACUUAUAUAGUUUUGUUUAUCAUAUUUUGUUUUCCUCUGCCCCAAUUGCAUUUCUAGCUAUUUGGACAGACAAGAAAUUCAUGGGCUGUUCCACGUCAUGUGUUUCUCAUCAGGGGUGGCAUGGUGACUGAUCACCCUCAAAUAGGCGAAGUAUCACUUUAAAAGGUCCUAACUCUACUAGUGAAAGUAAUUGGAGUUUAAAGAGCAGUGAGAGUGUGAACACACUGAAUGUCUGCUGCAGAAAAGAGCUUCCUCAUGGCUAUGCCUGCAAUUGUCAUUGACAGGAUUUAAAUGUUCUAUUUUUGCCAAAUUUUAUUAGUGUGCAUAUAAAAAUAUAUAUAUGUAGAUAUAUAUUAUUUGCAAUAUUUUUUUAGAUUGUGUGGUAUUUCAUCACCUACUAAAAGUCCACAGAUCCCAAAGUAAUUUUAAAGGAAAAAGCCCUCUGGUGGGAGCUUUUUCCUUCUUUCUUUUUCUAGCUUUUCGCUAUAUGAAAGGUUUCUCUCUGACUCUCAGACUGUUGCUGUCUCUUAUUUCUUAUGCGGCAUCACAUUCAUAUGUUAUCUGGAGGGUACAGUAAACUUUCUGUGUUUAUCUAGGAAAUGAAUCAAGAAGUGUUAAUAUGUUUUCCUUACGUGACUUUUGGUGAGGGUGAAUAAUGGGCAAUAAACAAUGAAGGGCACUAAACGUUUCUUCUGUAUUUAUGCUAUUUUAUCUCACAAUGCUAAGAUCUAGAUUUUUCAAAUGGAUUUAUGUCUUAAAGAACUGGGGUUUUUAACUGAUCAUAAUAUGGUGCAGUAGGUCAUUGUCUAAAGUGGUAGUUCAGAGUUGUGUUGGGAGACAUCAAAGGUGCUUGUAGUGUAAGUGUAAUAAACAGGAGACACAUUAGCAUAGCAUAGGUUUUGAUGGGAGUGACUUUUAAUCUAUUUCAGUGUGAAGCAUUUCUGUGCUUUAUAAAAAGGAAUUCAUUACUUCUUACAACAAAAAACAAAUAGAGAGAAUAUUCUAUGACACGAUAGAAAAAAAUAUUGCCUGAAAAUUGAAUCAUCAAAUCCUUUCUCCAGAAAACAAACUAACAGUGACACCAAAGCUUUUGGAAGCAAAUGUGUUUUAUCUUGUAACUUGUGUAUGAGUCAACAGAUUUUAAGCUUGUUUCUUCAUAAAAGCAUUAAUAAAAGCUUUAUUUAAAUACAGAUUGCAGUAGCAAAAUUUUGAGACUGAGGUUUAACAGUCUUUUAACAGAUUUAGUUUCAGAAUCACUUCACAGACAAAACAAAAACUUUACUCCUCUUGCCCAAAUGUGUAAGGUUUUAGCAUUACCUUAUCUGUGAAUUUUUGCAUACCUAAACCAUCAAAAGUACUAUUUUGCUUUUUAGAUAAGCAUGCUGCUGAGUUGAGACAUGUUUAGCAAGUUAAAAACGUUCAUAUAUUUCAGUGCAGUUGGCAUCCCCAGACAAUGUCUUUCAUAAUUACACACAAACUCAGUCUUUUCAGUGCCUCUUGGGAAACAUGGCUAUAGCUGGGGAACAUUUUGCAUUCUCCUUUAUAACUCACACCUUCCCCCUAAGGAAAAAAAGUAGUGCAGAGAUUCAGCCCUCUCCAGCUGGGUUAGGUCACUGAAGUCAUUGCUGGCACACAA